AUGUCGAAACCUCUGAGAAAUGUCUUGGUCAAACUUAUAGUUGGUGCGGGACAAGCCGCUCCUUCUCCUCCAGUUGGUCCAGCUUUGGGUUCCAAAGGUAUAAAAGCCAUUGACUUUUGUAAGGAGUUCAAUGCGCGUACAUCUACUUACCAACCUGGAACGCCAGUGCCAGUAUACAUAACUAUCAAACCAGAUCGCUCAUUUAGUUUUGAAAUGAAGUCUCCUCCAACUGGUUACCUGUUAUUAAAAAGCUUGGGCAAAGAAAAGGGCAUGAGUCAGCCCAAUAUUAAGAGCACAGCGGGAACUUUAGGAGAACUAUCGCUCAAACACAUCUACGAAAUCGCAAAGAUCAAAAAGAGCGAUGGUAGACACGCCAGCAUGGAGAUGGAAAGUAUAGUCAAGUCUGUGAUUGGUGUCGCCAAGAGCAUGGGUAUCAGCGUGGUACCGUAA